AAGGGAGGUUCCCCCACUCUGCUCUAUAUAAAGAACCAUCAGCCAGAGGUCCCAGUACCGGACCAUCCAGGCUCCGAUCAUCACCGUCUGUGUUGGCCCUCCUCUUCAAUGACAAUGACCCCGCUGCUCAUCCUGCUGGGAGCUGUGCUCUGCUCCCAGAGCGUUUCAGCUGAAGUCCUUCCUCCGGCAGACUUCAACAUUCAGGGGAUGGUAGGAAGGUGGUACCUGGUUGGAAUUGCCUCAAACUCUGAGUGGUUCACCAGCCGCAGAGCGACAAUGAAGAUGGGCAGAGCCAUGCUUGAACUAACUGCAGAUGGAGACCUGGAGAUGUCCUAUGACAGCCUCAGGUCUGACGGUACUUGCUUGAAGAAGAACAAAUUGGCAAAGAAGACCGGCGUACCUGGGAAGUUCACCUACACUUGUCAGCGCUCUGGCCGUAUGAUCGACAUGCGUGUUGCUGAGCUGAAGGCUGAUGAGUACAUGCUGAUUCACACCAUCAAAACCAAGGAGGAGGGAACCUCCACUGUCACCAAACUAUAUGGACGUGCAGAAGAACUUGCAGCUCCAGUCAAGGAGAAGUUCAAGCAGCUUGCUUUGAGGACUGGAUCUCUGGCUGAAAAUAUUGUUUUCCUUCCCAAAAAUGGGGAGUGCCCAGCCUAAUUUCCUGACGUGCUCAUCAUGAAAAUGAUCUCCAUUUGCUGUGAAAUAUCUAUCAAGACUGCAACCACGAACUGACGCAUCUUCAGUUUGCUGACUCCUGCAACUCUUCUUCUUGGUUUAAAACACUACUUUCCAUCUUUAUCACUGUACGAUCACAAUCAACUGACAAAUAAAAUAAAAUAAAAUAAAAACACCUACAA